AUGUAUUUUUAUCACAUACAGGAGCAGUGGAUCGAUUGUGCACAAUCAGACCCAUCAGCUGACAUUCUUGGGUCCCCUACCCUUAUAUCAACGUCUGGUCUUCGUUCAUUAAAUCGAACGGCUGAAGAGGCACUUGGUAUCGGACACUUGUUGCUAGCCGGAAGCCCACCGGCAGCUCUCAUGAUGGCCGAGUUAAUGAUGGUCAAGGCAGACUUCGAUUCUGCUUGCACGCAUCUUACUCUGCUUUUGAACAAAUUCCCUUGUAAGCGAAGAGUCGAGGGUACAGCACUGCUUAUUACCUCUAUGUUCUACUUUGUAUUAUAG